CCUGUCUCCCCGCCCUCGGAGGCGUUUCAAAGCCUGGAGAGUAAUGACCAAAUAUCGGUCCCAGCUGAUGAAGAUCGCCCUGUCUUCCCUCUCUGAAAGCAGCUGAAUAGAUAAGACAGACAGAAAAUAGCCAUGGGGGACGACAGUGAAUGGAUGAAGUUACCCAUGGACCAGAAAUGUGAACACAAGAUUUGGAAAGCGAGAUUAAAUGGAUACGAGGAAGCGUUGAAGCUCUUCCAUAGGAUAAAAGACGAGAAGAGCCCAGAAUGGGGCAAAUACCUUGGACUUAUCAAGAAAUUUGUAACGGAUUCAAAUGCCGUAGCUCAACUCAAAGGGCUGGAGGCAGCACUUGCUUUUAUCGAGAAUGCACAUGUGGCUGGCAAGACAACAGGGGAAGUGGUUUCUGGAGUGGUCGGCAAAGUCUUCAACCAGCCCAAAGCACGAGCCAAGGAGCUGGGGACUGAUAUCUGCCUCAUGUACAUAGAGAUUGAGAAGGCAGAGGUGGUCCAGGAUGAGCUGAUCAAAGGACUGGAUAACAAGAACCCCAAGAUUGUUGUCGCUUGCAUUGAGACGCUAAGGAAAGCACUUUGUGAUUUUGGAUCGAAGAUCAUUACUCUCAAGCCUGUAGUGAAAGUGUUGCCAAAACAGUUUGAGUCUCGAGAAAAGGCAGUUCGAGAUGAGGCCAGACUGCUGGCGGUGGAGAUCUAUAGAUGGAUCCGCGAUGCUCUGCGAACUCCCCUCCAGAAUAUCAACUCUGUACAGUUGAAAGAGUUGGAGGAAGAAUGGGUGAAACUGCCAACUGCAGCUCCUAAGCAGACCAGGUUCUUGCGCUCUCAGCAGGACCUCAAGGCCAAGUUUGAGCAACAGCAGGCUGAAGGAGGAGAUGAGGUUGAUGGAGACGAUGAUGAUGAGGCUGAAGCUGCUCAGGUGGAUCCUUACGAGCUUUUGGAAGCUGUCGAGAUCCUUUCUAAACUUCCUAAAGACUUCUAUGAAAAAAUUGAAGCGAAAAAAUGGCAGGAGAGGAAGGAAGCAUUGGAGGCAGUGGAGGCUUUGAUUAAGAACCCAAAACUAGAGAGCGGAGACUAUGGGGACCUGGUUCGAGCUUUAAAAAAGGUUAUUGGGAAAGAUGCCAAUGUGAUGCUAGUGGCCAUGGCAGCCAAAUGCUUGGCUGGACUGGCAGCAGGAUUGAGGAAAAAGUUUGGGACAUAUGCAGGUCUUGUGGUGCCAACCAUCUUGGAGAAGUUCAAGGAGAAGAAACCUCAGGUGGUUCUGGCCUUGCAGGAGGCCAUUGAUGCGGUCUUCCUUACUACAACCUUGCAAAACAUCAGUGAGGAUGUUCUGUCAGUGAUGGACAACAAGAACCCCUCCAUCAAGCAACAGGCUUCACUGUUCCUCGCCAGAAGCUUCCGUCACUGUACCCCGAGCACGUUGCCAAAAAUCGUUCUGAAGCCCUUCUGUGCAGCGUUCCUCAAGCAAGUGAAUGAUUCUGCUCCGGAGGUCAGAGAUGCUGCUUUUGAGGCUUUGGGGACGGCCAUGAAGGUGGUAGGGGAGAAAGCAGUCAACCCAUUCCUGACUGAUGUUGACAAACUCAAGUUGGACAAGAUAAAAGAAUGUGCUGAUAAAGUGGAGCUUGUUGGAACGAAAGGAGGAGGCGGUGGAGGAGAGAAGAAAGCGAAACCUGCUGCAAAAGCACCUCCACCUGUUGAAGCACCUGCCAAACCAUCCGGGCCUCCUAAGAAAGCUCCUCCUGCAAAGACUGCAGGACCUCCCAAGAAGGGCAAACCAGCCUCAGCUCCGAGUGCAAAGUCCAAGAAAGCUCCAGACACAAAGGAAAUUGUCGAGACUGAGUUGUCUCCGGAAGUGUGUGAGGAGAAGGCUGCCGCUGUGCUCCCAGCCUCCUGUAUGCAGCUGCUGGACAGCUCUAACUGGAAGGAGAGACUUGCUAGCAUGGAAGAGUUUCAGAAGGCUGUGGAGCAGAUGGACAAAUCUGAAAUGCCAUGCCAGGCUUUAGUCAAGAUGCUGGCUAAGAAACCUGGAUGGAAAGAGACCAACUUUCAGGUAAUGCAAAUGAAGCUCCACAUUGUGGGUUUAAUCGCACAAAAGGGAUCGUUCUCAAAGACGUCAGCAUUGGUGGUUUUGGAUGGUCUGGUUGAUAAGAUUGGAGACGUGAAGUGUGGAAGUAAUGCUAAAGAGGCUCUCACUGUGAUCGGGGUGGCCUGUUCUUUGCCGUGGACUGCUGAACAGGUUGUCUCGAUGGCUUUCGCUCAGAAAAAUCCUAAAAACCAAGCAGAGACUUUGAACUGGUUGGCCAAUGCCAUGAAGGAGUUUGGAUUUGCAGGAAUAAAUGUCAAGGCAUUCAUCAACAAUGUCAAAACUGCUCUGGGUGCCACAAAUCCUGCUGUGAGGACCUCAGCAAUCGCUCUGUUGGGAGUUAUGUAUCUGUACAUGGGCGCUCCCCUGCGCAUGUUCUUUGAAGACGAAAAACCAGCCCUCCUUUCACAAAUUGAUGCAGAGUUUGAAAAGAUGCAAGGUCAGUCUCCUCCUGCCCCCAUACGUGGCACCAAAAAAGCAGGAGCGGAUGAGGAGGGAGAUGCAGCUGAAGAAGAGGAGGUGGACAGCGGAGCCGGAGACAGUGUGGACGUGCUGCCCAGAACUGAUAUCAGUGAUAAAAUCACAUUGGACAUGGUGUCAAAGAUCAGCGACAAGAACUGGAAGAUCAGGAAGGAGGGGCUUGAUGAGGUGGCAGCCGUCAUUUCUGAGGCCAAAUUCAUCCAGGCUAACAUCGGCGAGCUGCCAAUGGCAUUGAAGGGCCGUCUCAGUGAUUCCAACAAACUACUGGUCCAGCAGGCUCUCAAUAUUCUGCAGCAGAUAGCUACUGCCAUGGGCCCGUCUCUCAAGCAGCAUGUCAAGAACAUGGGAAUUCCAGUCAUUACGUUUCUUGGUGACAGCAAGGCUAAUGUACGUGCUGCUGCCUUGUCAACACUGAACGCAUGGGUGGAGCAGACUGGAAUGAAGGAGUGGCUUGAAGGAGAGGACCUAUCAGAGGAGCUCAAAAAGGAAAACCCCUUCCUCAGACAGGAGCUGCUGGGCUGGCUUGCUGAGAAGCUGCCCACCCUGCGUACAGUGCCUACAGACCUCAUGCUGUGCGUGCCUCACCUGUACACCUGCCUGGAGGACCGCAGCGGAGACGUGCGCAGAAAAGCUCAGGAUGCACUUCCCUCCUUCAUGAUGCACCUGGGCUAUGAGAAGAUGAUCAAGGCUGCUGGCAAACUGAAGCCGGCGUCAAAGGACCAGGUGGUUGGCAUGCUGGAGAAGGCCAGGGCCGUGAUGCCAGCCAAGCCUGCAGUUCCUGUCAAAGCUGCAGCUUCCAAACCCGCCUCCAGUGCCCCUGCUGCCAAACCAGCCUCAGCUCCAGCCAGGAACCAAAGUCCCAGUGAAGAUUUUAGUGAACCAGAACCCAAACCAGACACUAAGAAAGCUAAACCAGCAGGUCCUGCGGCUAAAAAGGGUGUUGUGGGUAAGAAACCUCCAGUUAAGGCUGGUGCAAAGGAUGAGGAGGACAAAUCUGGUCCCAUCUUCAUCCACGUUCCCAACGGCAAAGAGCAGAGGAUCAAGGAAGAGAAGACAUUAAAGAUUCUCAAGUGGAACUUCACGACUCCUCGUGACGAGUACGUGGAGCAGCUGAAGGCUCAAAUGUCGACAUGUCUGGCCAAGUGGCUCCAAGACGAACUUUUCCACUUUGACUUUCAACGCCACGUAAAAGCUAUUGGAGCCAUGAUUGAGCACAUGGCGCCAGAGUGCGAGGCUGUGAUUAGCUGUCUAGACCUGAUAUUGAAGUGGUUUACUUUGCGGUUCUUUGACACAAACACUAGUGUGCUGAUGAAAGCCCUGGAGUUCCUCAAGCUGCUCUUCACCAUGCUGAGCAGGAAGAACUACCAGCUCAAUGACUAUGAGGCCUCAUCUUUCAUCCCCUACCUGAUCCUCAAGGUUGGAGAGUCAAAAGAUGUGGUGCGUAAAGAUGUCAGAGCUAUUCUGACAAUGUUGUGUAAAGUCUACGCGGCCAGUAAAGUCUUCCCCUUCCUUAUGGAGGGGACCAAAUCAAAGAACUCCAAGCAGAGAUCUGAAUGUCUUGAUGAGCUCGGCUGCCUGAUUGAGAACUUCGGUAUGAAUGUGUGCCAGCCGACUCCAGCCAAAGCUCUUAAAGAAAUCGCCGUUCACAUUGGAGACCGUGACACUACGGUCCGCAACGCUGCGCUCAAUACAGUCGUGGCCGCCUACAAUGCUUGUGGAGACCAAGUCUUCAAACUCAUUGGCAAACUGUCUGAGAAAGAAAUGAGCAUGCUGGAAGAGAGAAUCAAACGAUCGGCCAAGAAGACGCCUGCAGCCUCAGCCAAACAGGAGAGACCACAGAGAGAGCAUCCUGCAAAUCCCAAUGCAACCUUCCUGCGCAAGCCUGCUCAAGAGGAAGUGCCCAACAAGCUCAAAAUAAUGUAUCGCACUUACAGGAUUCAAGCUCGGGCACAGAAUGCUCACUUGGAGCAGUCAGCUCCGUCCAUCCCAAAAGAGUUUCAGCUGGAUCUGGAUGUGUUCGAGAACAACCACACAUGUGCCAGAGAAAUCCCUGACCUGGUGCAGCAUAAACUGGAUGAAGUUCUGGAGCCGGUCAUGAUUCCGGAGCGCAAGAUUCGUUCAGUCUCUCCUCAUUUUGAUGACAUUCACAACAGCACUGCCUCCACCAUCAACUUCGUCAUCUCCCAAGUGGCCAGUGGAGACAUUAACACCAGUAUCCAGGCCUUGGCACAGAUCGAUGAGGUCUUGAGGCAGGCGGACAAAGCGGAAGCCAUGUCUGGACACAUCGACCAGUUCCUCAUCGCCACCUUCAUGCAGCUGCGGCUCAUUUACAACACGCACAUGGCCGACGAUCGGCUCGACAAGAAGGACAUCUUCAAACUCUACAGCUGUAUCAUAGGAAACAUGCUUUCUCUGUUCUCGAUGGAGAUUCUGGCACGGGAGGCCUCCAUGGGCGUCCUGAAAGACCUGAUGCACGGUCUCAUCACGCUGAUGUUGGACUCUAGAGUGGAGGACAUCGAGGAUGGACAGCAGCUCAUUCGCUCCGUCAACCUGCUCGUGGUUCGAGUUCUAGAGAAAUCCGACCAGACCAACAUCCUAAGUGCUUUGCUGGUGCUGCUGCAGGACAGUCUUAUCAGCACCGCCGGUUCCCCCAUGUUCUCUGAACUUGUCAUGAAGUGUCUAUGGAGAAUGAUCCGUUUCCUGCCGCAGACCAUCAACAGUAUUAAUCUGGACCGCAUCCUGCUGGAUGUGCACAACUUCAUGAAGGUUUUCCCUAAAGAGAAGCUCAAACAGCUGAAGAGUGACGUUCCCCAUCGGACGCUGAAGACACUGCUGCACACGCUCUGCAGGCUCACUGGCGCGAAGAUAUUAGAACACAUGUCCAUGAUUGAGAACCGCAACGAGUCGGAACUGGAGGCUCACCUAAGGCGGGUGGUCAAGCAUUCGGCAAACCUCUCCGGACUCAAGUCCGACAAGUGCUCAGAGAAGGGCGCCCUCAGAUCGGAUGACAAAGUGAUCAUGGCCAAAGUGAGCGACAUCCUGUCUGAGAUCUUCAAAAAGAUUGGCUCCAAAGAGAACACUAAAGAGGGUCUGACGGAGCUGUAUGAAUACAAGCAGAAGUACUCUGACGCAGACCUCGAGCCCUUCUUGAGGAACACGUCCCAGUUCUUCCAGAGUUACGUGGAGCGAGGACUCCGCAUGAUUGAGUCAGAGCGUGAAGGAAAAGGCCGAAUCCAGACCUCCACAGUAAUCCCUCAGCACAGCACAGACUCAUAUUUGCCGAGCUCCAGCACUGUGCCCAUCAGCAGUAACGGAGAAGAUAUGAAUGCCGCUGCCUACUACGAGAGACUGAAGAUCUUACGGCAACGGCGCGGCCUUGAGAACUCAACGCCGGAGGAAGACCGACCUCCUCUCAGCUCCCUGAGACCGUCGGUGGCCUCCUCCACAGACAUGCUCCACAGCAAACUGUCCCAGUUGAAGGAGUCCCGCGAGCACUUCCAGCAGGAGCAGUCCCACUCCCACAGCCCCACCCGCUCCUCCUCCCCCGCCUCCAACCUCGACGACCUCAAAAAGAGGCUGGAGAGGAUAAAGAGCAACCGCCAGUAGAUCAGCGCCUCGCCUUCAUAUGCUAACGCACUAGAUAGUCAGCUGACUUCCCCAAACUCCACCAUCCCAACGUUUUUCAGGGUAAAUGCGUACAUGGAUUACAAUAAUGCAAAAUAGGAUGAGGAAAUCGAAAUAACUCGGUCUGUCUACAUUGUAUAAUAUUAAGCAAACUUUUUCUGUAAGUAUUGUGCACAGUUGUUUUUGUACAUACAGUGGCUAACCACACUAGGCUUAUACGUGUCCUUUAGGGUUUUCCGUGUACAGUUUUCCUGUGCAGAAUGCUGUAAUGUGUAACUGACGCUUGUUUUGUUUUUUUUAUAGACAUUUUAGAGAAAUCUAAAUUAAUGCUGCUUUCACUUGGUCUCAACUUCUAUCUGUUCAAAACUGUUUGCCAUUUUUGCUGUUUUCUUUCUCAUUCUUCCAAGCAUCUCUGAAGCUCUCAUAACUUUUGAAGGAUUGAUUCCUUUCUUUUAAGGAGCAUGGCAUGAAGUACCGGAUCUUUCUUUAUGUAAAUAAAGUUUGCAUUACUAAAGGCUGUUAAUUCCAUUUUUCUUUUAAUAACGUUCCCAACAUUUUGCACUCUAGUGGAAUGUUGGUUAUUGAUGCAUUGUUUUGUAUUAUCCAACUGGGAUUAAUGUUGAAGUGUUGCUAUUAAGUUUAAGUGUAUAAUCUAUAGUAAAAAUGUCAAUAAAGGUUUUUUUUUUUUUAAUCUAAUUUAACGAACUAUACAUUGAUGCUCUUCUGAAUUUUUACUUCAAGGGG